AUGCUGCUGAUGAGGAAGUCGUCCUGUGUACGAGGCAGCUUGUCCAAGAACGUGGCCAAGGCACGCAGUGCUCAUCUUUCUACUCUCAGUUAUGUAGAAGUUGUAGCGGUAAAGCUUGCUCCCUCCAAUUCCCUUGUCGGGGUUGUAGUCGACUUCAAUGGUGAUGAGCGUUUCGAUCUCCUCUUCCGACACGUACCGGGUGGAGGUCCCACUGGUUACCCCGAGAUACCCCUGGUUCGGAACUUUGAAUGGGUGGACAAGGUGACCUAUAUCCCUGGAAAGGAGAUGCUAUAUUACACCGAGCUGGACCCCGAUACAUUGCGAUCGUGGAGGGUUGUGCGCAGAACUAUCGAUGGCAGUGUGAAUGAUGUCGUCUUUGAGAGCACUGAUCCAGCUGAGUACGUUGACGUGUUUAAGAGCAAGGAUGGUAAAGUGAUAUUUAUGUCUGCCGUUACAAAGACCACAUCGAGGGUUUCGGUCAUACCCAGUGACUCGGAGCAUGGCAUACCUCAGCCUGUGAAGGCUCCUACUCCUGGU